AAAUCAGGAAUGGGUGCACGACUCAUUUUUCAUUGCCAAUUGUAAGAAUUAUUAUUCCCUUCAGUGUCAUCUGCUUUUCUCAAGGGCGGAGGCAUUUGCUGCAAGCUUAUCUGGAAGACGUGAACGAGUGACAGGCGUUCCUUGAAGCCAGUGUUCAAGGUCGAGAGCAUCAAACCAAAAACUGUGCUUGGCUAAGUCUUCAAAAUGCCUUUGAAAAACAAAUGGACAGAGCAGCCUGAGUAUGAGCAUCUCUCUGAGAACCAUCCCCGGAUUCUGAUUCCGAUGCUAUGCGAGCAGUUCUACCACAUGGGCUGGGUAACAGGUACUGGUGGAGGAAUCAGCAUAAAGCACGAAGACUUGAUCUACAUCGCCCCGUCUGGAGUGCAGAAGGAGCGCAUUCAGCCCAAAGACAUGUUCAUCAUGGACGAGAACGGCAAGGAGCUGGAGCGGCCCGCCAACCCUGCCCUCACGCCCAGCCAGUGCACGCCGCUGUUCAUGAACGCGUACCUGAUGAGACGGGCCGACGCGGUCAUUCACACGCACUCCGAGUCGGCCGUUCUGGUUACUCAACUGUUUGCCGGACAGCCGCACUUCCAGAUCCAGAGCCAGGAGAUGAUCAAGGGCAUACUGAAAUACACGACCGGCAAGCCGCACGUCUACCCGGAGAAGCUCAUCGUGCCCAUCAUCGAGAACACGCCGUUCGAGAGGGACCUGCGCGACUCGAUGGCCAAGGCCAUGGAGAAGUACCCGGACACGUACGCUGUGCUGGUGCGGGAUCACGGAGUGUACGUGUGGGGGCCGACGUGGGAGAAGGCGAAGACGAUGUGCGAGUGCUACGAUUACCUAUUCCAUUUGUUCACCGAGCAAGUCAAGCUCUUCGGCAUCGGCUAUGUCAAGUCAUCAUGCGAGUAGGGACCUUAUAUAAGUGUGUCGUGCGAGUUGUAGACCUACGAGUGCAUUACGCGAGUGCGAGACGUCCGAGUGCAUUGUGCGAGUCGUAGACCUACACAGUACACACGUUGAUCUGCUGACUUGAAGUAGUUAGGUGUAUGCUAGUGUAUGCCCGGAGGUAUGGUGGCUGAUAUCUUACUUGAGCUGCUCCACUGAACAGAGUGCUCCUGGCUAGCAUCCUCAUGGAAUGGUUUAUGCCAGGGCAGUGUAGGUGUUACACCAGCAGUGCGGCAGUCACACCCGCAGCAAACUGAUAGCGCAGCUCCAUGGGCGGUAUAGCAUGGCUGCGUGUGCGUGCUACACAUUUGGUGGAGCACUUGACCGGCUCUGCAUCACCGCCACACACCGUCAUUCAUGACAGCACCGCUGUUGUCUAUCAGGUAUGCGUUCUGGCCGCGAUCUUGUUGUUUUGCGCAAGCUGUCAAACUUGAACCGCAGUUCAAUAAGAAUGUGCAUACACAUGUGCUGAUAUGAGAAUUUCUGCCAAGAAUGCUCAUUAGGCCAGGUAUGAACUAUUCAAUUUUUGAAGUUCUCAAGAGUGCCUCUUGACUAAGUGAAAUGCUGAGUCUAUAUUUACAUCUCUCGAUACGAGAACAGGCAUAGUACAAGAUGCUGAAUUCCUUUUUUACAGUGCUGAUUUGCCUGUUGUUGUUGUUGUAUCUCCUUGACCAUUGAACUGAAUAUUGCACAGGUUGCAAUGUCAGACGUUAUGCUACAUGUGCGGACAGGUGCCGUCAUCAUGCUAAGUCCAGUAG